CUUCCUCCAGAUGGACGAGUGAGUACAAAUGUCAACAGCUGGCUCAAAACGGUAGCUAGUCCAGGAGUUUAGUACUUUUUUCUUACUUUUUUUCCUAACACCGAAGUUAUGUUUGACGUGUUCUCUUCAGUUUGAGGAUGGAGGCAUCAUGUUUGGACCUGGCUCUGGAAGGUGAGCGGCUCUGUAAGGCUGGUGAUUACCGCGCAGGUGUGUCCUUCUUUGAAUCUGCCAUCCAGGUUGGAACGGAGGACCUCCAAAUCCUCAGCGCCAUCUACAGUCAGCUGGGAAAUGCCUACUUUCACCUUCAAGACUAUAAUAAAGCCCUGGAGUACCAUCGGCAUGACCUCACACUCACCAGAACGAUUGGAGAUGAAGUUGGUGAGGCGAAAGCCAGUGGUAACCUUGGGAAUACAUUAAAGCUUUUAGGGCGAUAUGAAGAAGCUGUGGUUUGUUGCCAAAGACAUUUGGAUAUAACAAGAGCCAUAUAUGAUAAGGUUGGGCAGGCUCGAGCGCUGUAUAAUUUCGGAAACGUUUACCACGCCAAGGGCAAGAGCCUCUGCUGGACUGGAGCAGAGCCAGGAGAGUUUCCAGAGGAGGCCAGGAUAGCCCUGAGGAAAGCUGCACAAUACUAUGAAGCAAACCUGUGCCUGGUGAAGGAGUCAGGUGAUCGGGCAGCUCAGGGUCGUACCUACGGGAAUCUUGGUAACACUUACUAUCUGCUGGGUGACUUUGAAACCGCAGUAGCUGCGCAUGAAAAGCGACUUCUCAUUGCUAAGGAGUUUGGUGAUAAGUCUGCUGAGCGGAGGGCCCACUGCAACCUUGGCAAUGCAAACAUAUUCCUCAGCCAGUUUGACGCGGCGGCUGGUCAUUACAAGAGGACUCUGCAGCUGGCCAGGCUUUUGAAGGACAGAGCUGUGGAGGCUCAGGCCUGCUACAGUCUAGGAAACACCUACACACUACUGCAAGACUAUGAGAGAGCCAUUGAUUAUCACCUCAAACAUCUGGUCAUUGCUCAGGACCUCCACGACCGAGUUGGUGAAGGAAGAGCAUACUGGAGUCUAGGAAAUGCCCACACUGCCCUGGGGAAUCAUGAGCAAGCAAUGUAUUUCGCUGAAAAACAUCUGGAAAUUGCCAAAGAGACUGGAGAUAAAAGUGGCGAGGUGACAGCCAGGAUGAAUCUGUCAGACCUGCGGCUGGUUGUAGGCCUGAAAUCCAACCCCAACAUCCAUCACAACAUCUUCCGCAACACCAAUACUAAUAGCUCUGCUCUACAAAUAAGCUACCAGGGUUACCCCAGCCCACCAGUGGUCAAGUCUCCAUCAUGGAGAGGAGGUACUGCAGAGAACCUGGAGCCCAAGAGUCCAAGUCCGGACAAAAAUCAAAGUGGAGACUCUCCGGCACAUCCAGACUGGGAGGAGGACGUAUUUCCUGGGUCUUCAAAAAACAACACCAUCAAGGCCUCCACAAAGCUGUUCCUCUUCCACCGACUAAAAAGCAAGAAGCAGAAGAACAACAAAUCGCCUCCUAAAGAGCAGCAUGAAAACUGCACCGAGCACACAGCUCCUGAACUUGACACACCAGUGUCUCCUAAGGCGGGAUCACGGGACACUAUCGGGGAGGACGGCUUUUUCGACCUCCUCUCUCGUUUCCAGGGCAACAGAAUGGACGACCAAAGGUGUACACUUGAUGGCCAGAGCCAUCUCCCUGCCCACCCCUCUCCCUCCUCCACCCUACCUGUAUCUGAAGCCAAAUCCAUUUCGGAGCACGAAACACCAUUGCAGGAUCCUGGUCAUUUCCUGGAGCUGCUGGCCAGCUCCCAGGCCCGUCGUCUAGACGACCAACGAGUAAACCUGAGCCAUUUUCCUGGCUUACGGCUCAGCGCCUCCAACCUGCCUCGUACACUCUCCACCUCCAGCAUAGAUCAAGUCCCAUCACAAGCGCCCAUCUCCAGUACAGAUACACCUCACACACCCUCCCUGUACGGUCGCCUCGAGGCCAGCACUGAGCAGCCAGAGGGAGACGAUGUCUUCUUUGACAUGCUAGUGAAGUGUCAGGGCUCCAGACUGAACGACCAGCGGUGUGCCGCUCCACCAUCUACAACUAAAGGACCAACUGUACCAGAUGAGGAUUUCUUCAGUCUCAUUCUACAUUCUCAGUCCAACAGAAUGGAGGAGCAGCGGGUUCCACCUCCCCCUGGUGUCACACAGUCCAAACCAGACUGACUUCCAAGCGUGAUUUGUCAUUUUAUCUCAGGAUGUCAAAUGAAGUAAACAAGCUUCUUUUUUUUUUUUUAAUCAACAUCUUGUUUUUUUUAACCCACAAUACUCUUUUUGGAUUUUCCUGACAACUGUUUUGCUGCCAGACUGCCAUGAGUUGAAGGGACACUAGAAGGAGUGAAAAAAUACAAAACUGACCUGGGAAAGUUUAGGAUUAAGAUUUAAGAACUUAUUUUUAUAUAGCAACCAGUGUUUUCAGGUAGUCAUCUUUUUUGUGGGGGCUAAAGCAGUUGACUGCUUUUAUCAGGGACCUCCAGUGUACUAGUGACGUCGGCCCAGUCUGGAGGCUUGCAUCAAGUAGCUCGCACAAGCUGAGCUGCGGUGGUUCAUGUUGGACUAAGAGUACUGUAAAUAGAGGCUUUUUUUUAAUGAUAAAUGAGAGAUAUUCUAUGAACCCAGGGUUCUGCAAUUAAGAAAACUGGAACAGAUUGUGGCCCAUUUUGCUCAUUUCCAGCUUCAUGUUGGUUUGAAUCGAUGUCAGACCUCUCCAGCAGCAAGUCAUCAUAGGGUCAGAAGGAAAAACUCCUCUGGGAAAUAAAGGCCACAUCCACGGCGACACUGGUGACUAGUGGAGCAUUUAUAAUAUCUGCUUCCAGAUAUUGCUUUUAAAGACUGUCAGUUUUACUGUGUUACAGUUGUAUGGGUUCUUCUAUUAACAAAAAGUGAAAUGGGAUUUUCAGCUAGUAUUUAAAAAAAAAAUGUCAUAGCUUUUUUACUGAUGCCUUCUCCUGGCAAUGGAGAAAUAAAAUCUCAUUUAAUGUA